CGCCUGCGGGGAGAGUUUCUCUGGAGAGGCGAAGGCGGUGGCUGCCUUUCGCUCCCGUGCGCUCUACAACUUUCCAGCCUGCUCCUGUAGGAUGAGGAGGGUGCUCCGAGGCUCCUUUUCCACCUGCUGGGUGACUCUGAUGGCCGCCACCUUGUGUUACUGCGCGCACAGAACAGCUUCUUCAGAUAACAAUCUUUUCACCAUCCGGCAUGAAAACUCUAAUAAGUGCAUCCAGGUUAAAAGCCAGCGCCUAAUAGCAGGAGGUUGUGAGGAGACAGAUGAGAGCUUAUGGACAUGGGUCUCUCAACAUCGCCUUUUUAAUUUGGGGUCCCGAAAGUGCCUUGGACUAGAGACUGCCAAGUCUCCAAAUACCUUAAAAAUGUAUGCUUGUGACUCAGACCUCAUUCUGUGGUGGCGAUGUGUUGGUGAUUCCAUCCUUUCUGCAUCUCAGAACAAACUAGCUUUAAAGAAUGGAAUUGUCACUGUAAGCCUAAACUCUUCUGAUACUUGGAGAAGAAGUGAGUCCAGCGACACGAUUUGUAAAUUUCCAUAUAGCGAAAUUUAUACCAGGGAUGGGAAUGCCUAUGGAAAACUUUGUGAGUUUCCUUUCUUAUUUAAUAAUACAUGGCAUCAUGACUGCAUUCGCAACGAGAUGUAUGGAGGUAAUGAAUGGUGUUCCAUAACCACCUAUUUCCAUCAAGACAAUAAAUGGGGCUUCUGCUUAAAACCAGAGGAUGGCUGUCAAAAUACAUGGGAACAGUUUGCAGAUUCUGGAAAUUGUUACCAAUUAAAUAUACAGGCUGCUCUUUCUUGGAAAGCAGCAUACCUCUCAUGUAAGAAGCAAGGAGGUGAUUUGGUCAGCAUCGCAAGUGCAUCUGAGUUAAGUUAUAUCCAAGCUAAAGAUGGUAUCGCAGAAAUAUUUUGGAUUGGAUUAAAUCAGUUGGAUGUUUCUGGAGGCUGGCAGUGGUCAGAUCAUACACCAUUGAACUUCCUGAACUGGAAUUCAGAGAUGCAGAAUUUAUCUCCAAUAGAGGGAAAUGACUGUGUGGCUAUGAAUGCUGACACAGGUGACUGGAAGAGUUAUCCCUGUGACACGCCACUUCCUUAUGUCUGCAAGAAACAAGUCAAUGACACUCAACUGGAUUUUCCAGAUAUUCAGAACUAUGCUGAGACUCAGUGUGAAUCUGACUGGUACCCGCACAAUGGAUUUUGCUAUAUGCUAAUGAACAGCAUUGCUUUGUGGAAAGAUGCAAAUCACUUAUGUGAUCAAAACAACAGUAGCCUGAUCAGUAUACAUUCCUUAGCAGAUGUUGAAUUAGUUGUUACAAAACUCCAUAAUGAUACAAAAGACAAAGUGUGGAUAGGGUUAAUAAAUAAAGAUACUCCAGCCUUGUUUAAGUGGUCAGAUGGAUCCAAAGUGGUGUUUACUUACUGGGAUCAGAAUGAGCCAAAAGCUUCCUUCAAAAGCAUUCCAAAUUGUGUCUCCUAUUCUGGAAAGUUUGGACGAUGGAACAUCCUACCUUGUACCGAUAAACUUAAAUUUGUGUGCAUGAAAAAAGGAAAAGUUUUAGACGAACAAAAAUCUGAUAAAGAUUGUUCUCCAAAUGAGGAAUGGAAGAAACAUGGAGAUUAUUGCUAUAAGAUUGACAAGAAUGAAGUCUCCUUUGGAAAUGUGUGCAAUCUUACUAUAGCAAACAGAUUUGAACAAGAAUUCAUAAAUAAUUUAAUUAGAAUGCACAGUAAAGUUGAAAAAAAGUACUUCUGGACUGGUUUGCAAGAUAUCAGCUCUUCAGGAGAGUAUAGAUGGGGAACUGUGGAUGGAAGGAAUGAAAUACUAACAUACACAAACUGGGGUUUCUUUCAACCAGAAUUUCGUGGAGGAUGUGUGGCAAUGUCAGGUGGAAGAUACCUUGGAAAGUGGGAAGUCAAGAAUUGCCAAACAUUUAAAGCUUACUCUGUUUGCAAGAAAUACAUUGGACCAAAGAGAGAACCAGAGAUACUGCCAAAAGUCACUGACCCUUGCCCACAGGGGUGGUCCAGGGGUUCAGGUCUUGCUUGCUAUAAGUUUUUUCAUAAGGAAAGAGUGCUGAGAACCAGAACUUGGGAAGAAGCUGAGAGGUUUUGUGAGGCUCUUGGAGGACAUCUUCCUAGUUUCAGCCACCUAGAAGAAAUUAGGGAGCUCCAUACAAUACUGAGGGAGAUCAUCAGUGAUGACAGAUGGGUCUGGGUUGGGCUAAAUAAGAGGAAUCCUGAUCUUCUGGGAUCAUGGCAGUGGAGUGACGAUAAGCCUGUCUCUACUGUUGUGAUGCCCCCAGAAUUUAGAGAAGAUGACUAUGAUGUUCGAGAUUGUGCAGCUGUCAAGACCCUUAGAGCAAAACGCCGACCGAUGUGGGAUCUUUACUUCUUUGAAAAUAGAGAAGAGGAAUUUUAUUUAAAACCUUUCCAUUGUGAUGUAAAACUUGAAUGGGUAUGCCAGAUCACUAAAGGUAGCACACCAAAGACACCUGAAUGGUACAAACCAGAUGAAGAAGGAAUUCAUGGGCCAGCAGUGAAUAUUGAUGGGUCAGAAUUCUGGUUUGUGCCAAAUAAGUAUUUGAGCUAUCAAGAAGCUUCCUUGUAUUGUUCUAAGAAUGGAAGUGACUUAGCUUAUGUAACCUCUUUCACAGCACUGAAUGGAAUUCUAAACAGAAUAGCAAAGUUACUGGACGAGAAUCAGAACUGGUGGCUGAAAUACAGAAGUCCUCCAAGUCGCUACCGUUCUCACUUUUUUCCACGCUAUUAUGAACAUUACUUCAGAAAAUGCUGGCAUAUCUCUUAUCGAUCCUGGUUCAGAGACAGUGCAUUAAGUUGCAGCACAAAACUCCCUUUCAUUUGUGAGAGAUAUAAUGCAUCGUUAUUGGAGACAGGUGAACCAGUCUAUAAACCACCUCAGGGAAGCUGUCCUGAAAAUUGGGGUUUGUUCCUGAAUAAGUGUUAUCGAAAGGUGACCCCCCAGGACUUGACAUUUAAAAAAGCAGACGAAUAUUGUCAAUCUUUAGGAGGAUACCUUCCUUCCAUCAAAAGCCAAGCUGAACAAGAUUUUAUAACAUCCUUACUCCCCAGCAUGCCCCCAAAGAUUUGGAUUGGUUUAUACAUCCAGAUGCAUACCCAGGAAAAUAAGUGGACUGAUGGCAGUGAUUUAGAUUACGCCAACUUCCAUCCUUUGCUUCAAGGAAAGGCGAGACAAGUUCAGAUAGAUUUAUAUAAUGAGGAAGUGAAUAACCAGUGUGCUGUUUUGCUCAAUGACCCCAAGUCAUUUGUAGGAACUUGGAAUUUUACUUCUUGUGCUGAUACUCUGUCUUUGGCCAUAUGUCAGAAGCAGCCAGAUGCUGUAGAAAACCAGACAGCACAAGUGCCUGAAGGUACCAUGAAAUAUGAAAAUGUCACCUACACUAUAAUUCUGAGGAACCUGACAUGGCAUGAUGCCCAGGAGGAAUGCCUGAAGAACAAUAUGAGGCUGGUUAGCAUUACAGAACAAUAUCAGCAGGCUUUCCUUGGUUCUCAGGCGGCUCUCCGUAACUACCAGCUCUGGAUUGGGCUCUCCAGCAAAGAUGGUGGAAUACAUUAUCAGUGGUCAGAUAAAAAACACAUUAGCUUCAGUCGUUGGUCUGAAGAAGACAAAGAUUUACUUGAUGACUGUGUGUAUUUGGAUACUGAUGGAUUCUGGAAAACAUCUGAAUGUUAUACAGAAAAACCAGGAGCAAUUUGCUACUUACCAGGAAAUGAUACUGAAAAGCAAGAAGCAUAUUAUGAAUCAAUUAAAUGUCCACACAAGAUUAAGAAUACACCAUGGAUAGCAUAUCGAAACAGUUGUUACACAUUUGCAGUAUCAAAAGUUACAUGGAAAGGAUUGAGAUCAGUUGAAGCUAACCAUUUAUGCAGGACAAUGAAUUCAAAUGCAUCUCUUUUGAAUAUCAGGGAUGAAGAUGAAAACGAUUUUGUUGUUGAGCAGUUUCAAUUUUUCAGGGGCCUUGCUCAGUGGAUGUGGUUGGGUUUGAUUUAUGACACUAAGGGUAACCUUCUGAAGUGGUCUGAUGAUACAUACUUGUCAUAUAAUAACUGGAGAAUGGGACGGCCUGAUGUCAGGAAUAACUCUUUUCUUGCUGGUGUUAACCUAGAUGGUUUCUGGGAUAUUUACAAUUAUACGCAUAAUAACUGGUUACAUUUGCAAUUCAGUCUGCAUAGCAUCCUUGUCUGCAAGCUAGACAUGGACACCAAAGUGCACCAACCUCCACUUCCUAAAAAGCUACCCUACAAAAAUAAUACCUACUGGGUUCUUCAGAAACAGCUUAAUUGGUAUGAAGCAUGGAGAGAAUGCAAACAGCAAGGAAGUGACUUAGCCAGCAUUCACAGUGUUUCCGAACAGGUGUUUCUGGAAGACGUUGUAAGGCGUGAUGGAUUUCCACUGUGGAUUGGUUUAUCUAAUCAUAACGGAAAUGUUUCCAAUUUUGAGUGGUCUGAUGGAAGCCUGUUUGACUACCAGCCCUGGGAAUAUCAGCAUUCUCAUUCUUCUGGAAAUUGUUUUGCUGUGGACACUAAAGGAGUUUGGAAUCGCGUGAAAUGCACCUACCGAGGUGAUGGUGCCAUCUGCUACUUUCCUUCAAAUAAAAUGCAAUCAAAGCAAACUGAAACAUCGCCAAAUUGUCCAAAACCUCCUAAUGGAUCAUCACAAUGGCUACACUACAAAGAUCAUUGCUAUGCAUUUGAUAUGGCAUUUUAUAAUUAUUCCACAUACGCUGCGGACACAGCUAAGAAAGUUUGCAAGAAACUUGAUCCUUCUGCAGAUCUUCUGACUAUCAAGGAUGCAGAGGAAAAUAAGUUUGUGAGCACACACUUAAAAGAAUAUUACUUUAUUACUGGAAAAGCAUGGCUUGGAAUGCAAUCUAAUGCUAAGUCCUUGAGCUGGCUUGAUGGUUCUGAGGUUAAAUAUACAAAUUGGGCCAAUGGAAGCGAGAAGGCUAAUGGUCAAUGCAGUGUUAUCUUUUCAACCAAUGGGGCAUGGUCCAAAACAGACUGCAAGAAUGAACCAAGUAGAGUUGUUUGUAAAGCUCCUCAAGUCCCUAGUCAUUCAGGAGGGGUAAUCGCAGUUUCUGUUGUAAUUAUUGUGGCCCUCCUUGCUGGAUUAAUAUACUUCCUGUAUAAAAAGAAACAACUACGCUGGUCUGGAUUCUCUUCUGUUCGCUAUGAGCGGGGAAUGCAUGACGAUGAAAGUGAUACCAUGUUUACCAGAGGUGACGACUGAAGGCCAUUUUCUGCUUGGCAUGCUGAAACCAAUUUCUGAAUCAGCUCCUUAAGCAUCUUCCAAAGAUGCUACUGACUUUCAUUCUUAAGGGUUUAUUGACAUCUACCCUUUUUUCACAUUUAGGAGAAAAAGUGGUCUUUAACACCAAUCAAACUUUGCACUUUUCGUGAUCUGAGUUUUGCACAUGCCUUGAAGUAUGGUGCAUGGAACAGUCCUGAUGGUAGGAUAUCCUAUACCAUUUUCCCAUACAAAAUAAGAUAGCCGAGGGCCAGAGAAUCACUUGAAAUAUAACUUAUUGAAAAUAAAAGUAUAUGAUAAUUUAUGGUAUUAAACAUACUAUAUUUUAAAAGUUAAAAGAUUAUUUUGAGUCAAGUGCAACUCCUGAUCUCUACGGGUAUAGUUUGCUUGGCAACAGAAUGGAAAGAUUUUCCCAUCUGAGCAACAAGCAAGUUGAAAUUUGCUUACCAUUUCUGAGGUCAGCCAGGGUCAGUGAGGUCUUGCCAUCUGCCGUUACUCUGUUUUUUAAUAAAAACUUUUUUCGAUAAAAGCUCCCAAGGAUUCCUUUCAUCUUGAUCAAAGUUGCAGUUCAGAUUUUGAUUCAGUUACUGUAUUAACUUUUAAAGCUUUGCCCUUAUUUUUAGCUACAACAAAAGAAUAGCAACAAGUUAUUGUCAGGCUUUAUUUUUCUGAUCUCUUCAAUUUGCCAUAUAUACUGGAACAAGUUAACCUCAGUUCAAGGGCUAAAUGAACGUUCCAGAACCCCAGUGUCCAUUCACUGUCCUGGAUUCAUGAAUAGAAGCAUGCAGCACAAUGUGAAAGUUUUGACAUCGGUCUUUGUUAUUAAUAUUUACCUUAGAUUCACAUUUUUCAAAAGAGGUACUACUAAGUUUUUUUCAUUGUUAGUAUUGGAAAUAUAUUGACUGAAAUCUAAAUUCUUAUUCAUGGUCAGAAUGUUUACUCAUGCUUAAACUGGAGCAUCCAUAAUGUUUUGUUCUUUUCUGGUUACACAGCACCAUAUUAGUGAUUUCCAUUCAUACCAUCAGUUUCCUGCUCUGGAUUCUUUGUUGGGCAUGGAGGAAAUCACUGGAUUUCAGGUGAUGGCUUUCUCUGAUAGUACUUGUAACAUGGAACAAUUCAACAGAGAGUAACCAGCCCUUAGUAAACUCAGAAAAGUUAUGUUACAAAAACCUUCUGAUUUAAUAGUAAGGGUUUCCAAAGAGGUAGCUCAGCCAUCUUUUAGUAAGAAGCCAAAGAAUUUUGUGGCAUUUGAAAGACCAAUAGAAUUGGUUAGUCUUUAAGGUGCCACAACACGUUCGAUUUUAUGAUUUGAUUUGUAGCAUUUCAGACGCAUCGCUUAUUUGAAGGGAACAGAAUAGUUUUUAUUCUUAAAAUGGUUCCUUUACUCUAAUGAAACUCACAAGAGAUAAGUAACAUCCACUUCUGAAAAUUCUAAGGAACACUAUUAGAGAUUAUAGGGGAAAAUAUUGGUUUAUUGCUAAGUUAGCUCUUUUAAAAGACAGUGAAUAUGUGCCUUUGGAAUUAAUGAUAUGCAGACCUUUUUUUUU